AUACAAAGCACACGGAUUACUUGCAUGCGUUGGGGCAAAGGAAUUCUUUGUCUACCCAAUUCCUUUGCAAAACUCAUCAAAACUCGAAACUCUCAGAUUACGAAAUACGUACCUACCGCUAGUGGAUGCGCCUUUUGGGAGAGUUACCAGCAUAUUCAAAAUUGCUUUCAUAACAGAUCCAGAUGUGAUAAAAGAGUGCAAAAGACCUCAACGCAGUCACGACCUGAAUCGACGUAAUUGA